AACGAGUGUUUUGACCGUCCCACUUUGAAACAAUCAAACAACGGGAAGAGAGAGAGAGAGAGAGAAGUAGAGGAAGACGACGGCGUCGGACGAGAAGAAGCCUCGAGAGACGACGACGUGCUCCCCUUCCCUACGAGAAUUGAUCUCCGAUUUGCUAAUCGUGCCCAUUGCCGACCAGCUUUCCGGCUCUGCCAAAUCGCGAGAAGGAUCGAAGGGCUUCGGCUUGAUAAGGGGUCUCACACUAGGGAUAAAGCUUUGACAAAGAUGAGCAAAUUAAAAUUGGGAGUGGAAGUUGUAAGUGCGCAUGAGCUUAUACCUAAGGAUAAGCAAGGAUCUUCUAGUCCCUUUGUGGAGCUUCACUUUGAUGGCCAGAAAUUCCGUACUUCCAUCAAAGAAAAAGACCUUAAUCCUGUCUGGAAUGAGCUCUUCUACUUCAACAUUGCAGAUCCUUCUUCCCUCCCUGAACUCACACUAGAAGCUUAUGUUUACAGCAUGAACAAAGGCAUGUAUCCGAGGUCAUUCCUUGGCAAAGUUCAGAUUGCUGGAACCUCUUUCGUUCCCUUUUCAGAUACUUUAAUGAUGCACUAUCCUUUGGAGAAACGUGGAAUGUUUUCACGUGUGAAGGGAGAAUUAGGCCUGAAAGUAUUUCUUACAGAUGACCCUUCCAUCAAACCUUCCAACCCACUUCCAGCUAUUGACCGUCGCCCAAAUAAUCUCCUUCCCAGCCAAUUUCAUCAAGGGCUUGACCAAGUUUCAGAGGCAAAUAAAAGUCUUCCCAAGAAAGAACCUAAACGUUCAUUUCGCAGCAUUCCAAAUGAAAUCCAGCAGCAACAAUACUCUGCUCCAGUUAUCAAGCCGGUGACGCAUGUGGCUGAUCCCAUGAAAUAUGAGUCUCAGCCUUCCAAAGUUGUCAGGAUGUUUUCAUCGUCCUUCUCUCAGCAACCAAUGGACUAUGCACUAAAAGAAACCAAUCCUCUUCUCGGAGGCGGUCAGAUUGUCGCAGGUCGAGUCAUUCCUGCACAGAAGCCUGCUAGUACAUAUGAUCUGGUGGAACAGAUGCAAUAUCUUUUUGUACGUGCCGUCAAGGCACGAGACUUACCUACGAUGGAUAUCACAGGAAGCCUCGACCCUUACGUUGAAGUAAGGGUGGGUAACUACAAGGGGAAGACCAGACAUUUUGAGAAGAAUCAGAACCCAACGUGGAAUGAAGUAUUUGCAUUUCCUAGAGAACGGGUACAGUCAUCAGUUAUUGAAGUAAUAGUGAAAGAUAAAGAUCUGAUCAAGGAUGACUUUGUUGGGAUUGUUCACUUUGACUUGAAUGAUGUUCCAACGCGUGUCCCGCCCGAUAGUCCGUUAGCUCCUGAGUGGUACCGGCUCGAGGACAAGAAUGGGGACAAAACAAAGGGUGAACUGAUGGUUGCAAUUUGGAUUGGUACCCAAGCUGAUGAAUCGUUUGCUGAUGCAUGGCACUUAGAUGCAGCUGCAGCUCUAGAUGCCUCGGCGAUUAGCUCUCACACAAAAUCAAAAGUCUACCAUGCGCCCAGGCUGUGGUAUGUUCGAGUCAAUGUUAUCGAGGCACAAGAUAUUUUCACAGCAAGCGGGCAUUCAUCCCGCAUCCCGGAUGUUCACGUCAAGGUACAACUAGGAAAUCAGAUCCUGAAGACGAGAGCAGUUCAGGCACGGACAUUCAACCCUCUUUGGAACGAAGACCUCAUGUUUGCGACAGCUGAACCGUUUGAGGAUCAACUCCUAAUUUUUGUACAAGAUCGCGUGGGGGCAAACAAAGAUGAGGUGAUAGGCCAUGUUGCUAUCCCUUUGGGUUCGAUUGAAAAGCGACUUGACGAUCACAUGAUCAAUGCUCGGUGGUUCAGUCUCGAGAAGCCUGGCGUGAUCGAUGUCGACCAACUGAAGAAAAACAAGUUUUCAGGUAAAAUUCAUCUGCGUGUCUGUUUGGAAGGCGGGUAUCAUGUACUGGACGAGUCAACCCACUACAGUAGCGACCUCAGACCAACAGCAAAACAGCUGUGGAAACCGUCAAUUGGGUUACUUGAGCUUGGCAUCCUUAAUGCAGAAGGCCUUCAUCCCAUGAAAACCCGAGAAGGAAAGGGGGCAUGCGAUUCCUACUGCGUCGCCAAGUACGGGCGAAAAUGGGUACGCACACGCACCAUUAUUGACAAUCUUUCUCCAAAAUUCAACGAGCAGUAUACAUGGGAGGUUUAUGACCCAGCUACAGUUUUGACGGUUGGUGUCUUUGACAAUUGGCAACUGGAAAAGGGUGCUAAUGGCAACAAGGACUCGAAGAUAGGCAAGGUUCGUAUACGUCUUUCAACUCUUGAAGCUGGCCGGGUGUAUACACACUCGUAUCCACUGUUAGUUUUACACUCCUCAGGUGUCAAGAAGAUGGGCGAACUCCAUCUCGCCGUGCGCUUCUCUUCUACAUCGUUUAUCAAUAUGAUGUCCAUAUACUCGCGGCCCCUGCUUCCCAAGAUGCAUUACGUACAGCCAUUGAACAUGAUGCAGCAAGAUAUGCUCCGGCACCAAGCAGUUCAAAUAAUCGCGGCGCGUCUUAGCAGAAUGGAGCCACCCCUCGGAAAGGAAGUCGUCGAGUGCAUGUCCGAUGUCGACUCCCACAUGUGGAGCAUGCGUCGAAGCAAAGCGAAUUUCUUCAGGCUCGUGUCAGUUUUCUCAGGCUUGUUUGCGGCGGGCAAAUGGUUCGGAAGUGUGUGCGUGUGGAAGAAGCCUGUCAUCACUGUACUGGUGCACAUUCUGUUCACCACGCUGGUGUGCUUUCCGGAACUGAUUCUUCCUACUCUAUUUCUAUACAUGUUCAUGAUAGGCCUUUGGAAUUACCGCUCGCGCCCACGGUAUCCUCCUCACAUGAACAUAAAGCUUUCGCACGCAGAGGCAGUGCACCCUGAUGAGCUCGACGAGGAGUUUGACACAUUCCCCACCAGCCGGAGCUCUGAGAUAGUGCGCAUGAGGUAUGAUCGAUUGAGGAGCGUGGCCGGAAGAAUACAAACUGUGGUCGGAGAUUUGGCCACUCAAGGGGAGAGGCUGCAAGCAUUGCUUAGCUGGAGGGAUCCACGGGCCACUGUCAUCUUCUUAGUGUUCAGCGUGAUGGCAGCGAUUGUGCUUUACACCACCCCGUUGCAAGUGUCGGUUGCUCUAGUUGGCUUCUAUAUCAUGAGGCACCCAAGGUUCCGAAACCGAAUGCCUUCCGCGCCGCUAAAUUUCUUCCGUCGUCUGCCGGCAAAGACAGACAGCUUGAUUUAAAUAGGAUGAUAUAGCAAAUUUAUUUCUGUGCAGCAAAAUGUUUCUUCUUGUCCUUGUUUUUGUUCUUAUUGUUCUUUGUAGGAGUUAUAACUUGGAGGUUAGAUUUUAAUUGUUCUAAAAUGACUAACAUGGUGUAGCAAUUUGUGAAUAUCAUUAGGCGUUUUCUUCUCUAGCUUUCAAACAAAAUUUUUGAUGUAUUUACUUGAAA